UCGAUUUGGAAUAUGUUCUGUAAAAGUUACAUGUUAAAAAUUAAUCGAAACUAUUGAAAGCGGAGGACGAGUCAGAUGGUUACGGAUCAAGAUCAAAUCAUCGAAACUAUAUAUUUGCUAUGGCUGGUAAGAUUUUUCACAGCAAUCUACGGAACCAGUUAAUUGGUACAGGUGUUAUUAUGGCAGGCUGGGUAGUUGGUUCAUACGUCCCAAACACAUUGGGUGUGAAGUUUGCUAAAAAAAUCAUAGAGUCUAAAAGUCCUUAUUGUAAAAGUAUAUCAGCUGAACCUGAGACUGAAGCUUUGUUAGAUGAGGUGAUAAGAGAUAUAAAUGCUCAUCAGGAUAGACCAGUGAAAAAAGAAGGGAUAGAGUUUCUACAGACAAAUAUGGCAUAUCAAAGUUAUUUGCAUAAAGGCAAUUCUUCAACGGGUGCUAUUAUAGGUUUUCCUAUCGGCACUAGAUGUAAUGCGAAGGAUGUAUUUUUCUUACACUAUUCAGCUCCUGGCAGUGAAGAGAUGGCUGAUUUUUGUAUACUGUCUCGUGAAGGGAAGAAAUUUAUUUUUGCAAGGGAAAUAUUCUAUGUUGAGGACAGCUAUGUCAUGUUCCGUUUUUUGCUUGGACUUGGGUUGAUAGCAGCAGGGUCGCUCAUGCAUUUCGUAAUUAAUUCAUCCCUUGAUAACUUGAAGGAAAUGAAAAUUCAUAUAGCAAGACUGGAUAACAAAUCAAAGACAACUAUAGAAGAACUCAUCAGAAAAUAUAAAUCAAGAGCACAUAAACAGCGUAUUAUGACAUGUGUGUUGGUAUGUUUGUUAGGUGCUCAUUUAUACAAACUCUUAGUCACAGAUCACAAUUGGAAACUGGAGAAAGAAGCUGACGAGAAAGUUGCUAAUCUAGGAUUGGAAUAUCAAAGAGGCGGGUUUGAAUUCUAUGAAAAACUUUUACAAGGUAAUGUUUUCUCAUUUGCACGACUUGGUAAAAGUUGUGGCUGUGAUAGUGAAGGUAAUGUUGUACAAAGCAAGUAUCUAAUUUUUCGGAAACAUAUCCCACUGACUGCACGCUACCAGUACUUCACAACACUGAUGGAGAAAAAUGAUCCGAGCAAAAUAGAGGAAUUGACAAGUAGUUGAAAAUACAGAUUGGAUAGGAAUUAAAUAGGAAUAAAACAAUUUAUUAAAAAGGAAUUUAGAAAUGAUUAAAAUUGGAAAUGAC